AUGAAGACCAGCGCUUCCAUUACCCUUGCCUCCCUGCUGCUUCAUGCGGGGAUCGUCCUGGCUGGACCGGUCCUCGCAGCCGACGACCUCUUGUCAUUGCGACAUUCGAGGUUGAGGAAGCGUGCUGAGUGUGGUCUUGGGAUUGGCUCAUGCAAUGCUGGAGACUGUUGUUCGGAGAGUGGCUUCUGCGGUACAGGAGGUGACUUUUGUGGCGGCUCCGCCUGUCAACUCGAGUAUAGCGACUCGUGUGAUACCUUCUUCGGACCAAGUGGUAGCAGCACGGAAAGCGUUUCUCGCCCAAAGAUUGGUAACGUCCCGUAUGGAAGCGUCAUCACCACUUGCACAACACCCGGUGUGAUUGCUCUCACAUUCGACGAUGGUCCUCUUGACUACACCAACGAUCUUCUGGAUCUCUUGGACGAAAGAAAUGUCAAGGCAACCUUCUUCGUGGCUGGUAACAACAGGGGCAAGGGUCAUAUUGAUGACUCGUCCAACCCAUGGCCCGCUGUGAUGAGACGCAUGUACGCUGCAGACCAUCACAUUGCCAGCCACACCUGGACCCAUCGCAAUCUCAACGAGGUCAACAGCACCAUCCGACGAUCUGAGAUAAUCUACAACGAAAUGGCCUUCCGUAACCUUUUUGGCUGGAUCCCGACCUACAUGCGUGCACCCUACCUGGAAUGCAACACUGGAUCUGGAUGCCUCGAGGAAAUGUCCGACCUUGGCUACCAUGUCGUGGAUCAGAACGUGGACACCAAGGACUACGAAAAUGACAGCCCUCAGUUGAUCCAGAACUCAAAGAAUAGAUAUUCUGCGGGCAUCUCUUCUAACUCGAACAGCAACCAGUACAUCAUCCUUGCACAUGAUGUGCAUGAGCAGACCGUCCAGAACCUGACGGCCUACAUGAUUGACACCGCUCAAGACCGUGGUUACAGGCUGGUAACAGUAGGAGAGUGCCUGGGUGAUCCUCGGGAGAACUGGUACCGACCUGCGUCUCGAGGUCGAGAUGUCACGUCGACUUCGGAAUCUGCUACUCCAACUCGAACGACGCCUCCUACUGUGUCUAUGCCCACAAGCACGGCGAGUCCCACAGGUGGCCUCACUAUUUCUCCCAAUCAGAGAUGCGGUGGAAACACAGGCUAUACUUGCCAGGGGUCCUCGUUCGGAAGCUGCUGCUCCUGGUACGGCUAUUGCGGCUCGAGCGAGAGCUACUGCGGAACGGGCUGCGACGCAGACUUUGGCUCGUGCUCUCCUCCCGAUAGUGGACAUGUCCACGACACUACCAACGGUCUUUGUGGGCCUGGAGUCAAAGCAACUUGCGAAAACUUCGGAGCCAAAACCUGCUGCUCCCAAUACGGAUACUGCGGCAACAGUGCUACCCAUUGCGGAACGGGCUGCCAGGGCGACUUUGGCCAGUGCAGUUGA